GUCUUUUUCUUCAUUUAUAACGAAAUACAGAAAAAAUAAAAAUUAAGACGACAUAAACAAAUUUUCAUAUUAAUAUAACGAAAUUUUAAGGAAUAGUUAUAAAAAUCGCGUUAACGCAAGUUAUAUACUAAAUAAAUAAUUAUUGUUUCGCAAACAAAAGUUAAAAAAAAGAAGAGGACCCGUAACAAAGAAAAGUAAAAACAAUACAAAAAGCAACAAAAAUUAACAAAAUUUGCUCAUAUCAGGGUCAAUCAACAAAAUAAUAAUAUUAUUUGGAGACCUUGCAAAAUCAAAGAAAAAAAAUUGAUAAGGUUUAAGAAGAAAUCUAAUCAUAACACUGCCACUGUCUGCCAACAGUUUUUUUUAGUUUGUUUUUCUGUUUAUCAUUAGAAAAAAAGCUAUUGAAGUCAACCUUUAACUAUGUUGGAUUUGGAAAUAGUGCCUGAAAUCUCUUUGGGAUGUGAUGCGUGGGAAUUCGUUUUGGGAAUGCAUUUCUCUCAAGCCAUUGCUAUAAUACAAUCUCAAGUGGGUAUCAUAAAAGGAGUACAAGUUUUAUACUCUGAUACCAAUCCCCUAGGAGUGGACAUUAUAAUUAAUUUACCGCAAGAUGGCUUAAGAUUGAUUUUCGAUCCUGUAAAUCAACGCUUAAAGAUAAUUGAGGUUUGCAACAUGAAAUUAGUGAAACUAAAGUAUGGCGGUGUAUAUUUCAACUCGCCCGAGGUGUUGCCCUCGAUUGAACAAAUCGAACAUUCAUUUGGUGCUACACAUCCUGGCGUAUACGAUGCUGCAAAGCAAUUGUUUGCUUUACAUUUCCGCGGUCUGAGUUUCUACUUUCCGGUGGAUAGUAAAUUGCAUGCUGGUUAUGCUCAUGGAUUGGGUUCUUUGGUAUUUUUAAGUGGGGCUUCGCCUGUCGUCUCGAAGAUGUCGCUAUAUGCUGGCAGUAAUGUAUCUGAGAAUAAAACUCCACCUUUGCCAUUGUCCUGCUAUCAUCGUCAAAUCUAUUUGGAAUCAGUCACAGUAUUACGUACAGUAUUGGGCAGUACUAAAGGCUUGAAAUUGAAACUGUUCACAGAAGGCUCUGGACGAUCUCUCGAACCACGUAGACAAUGUUUUUCAAAGGAAAUUCUAUUUGGCGAUAGUUGUCAAGAUGUGACCACUCAACUGGGAGCACCAAAUCGCAUAUUCUUCAAGAGUGAAGAUAAAAUGAAAAUACAUUCCUCCAAUGUCAAUCGUCAAGCUCAAAGCAAGCGCAGUGAUAUAUUCUUUAAUUACUUCACUUUGGGUAUCGAUGUUUUAUUCGAUGCUCGCACCCAAACAUGCAAGAAAUUCAUUUUGCACACCAACUAUCCGGGGCAUUUCAAUUUCAAUAUGUAUCAUAGGUGCGAAUUUCAGUUUCAACUGCAGCCAGAGCGAUCCUUAAACGAUGGCGGUUCUCGUGCUUCCUACGGAGAUACACCCACAAGUCCUGUUACAAUAAAUGCUUAUUCCAAGUGGAAUGAAAUAAGCGCUGCCAUGGUUCCCUCGGAAAGACCUGUCGUUCUUCAUAGAGCUUCAUCUACCAAUACUGCUAAUCCAUUUGGUUCUACUUUUUGUUACGGCUAUCAGGACAUCAUUUUUGAAGUGAUGCCCAACAAUCACAUUGCUUCGGUUACGCUCUAUAGUACGGGUCCCGCCAAACACUCCGAAGACCUGUGGCAACAGCAUAAAAUGCAAGAUAUACGCCUUACUGUUGCGUGAAAAGUUUCUGGUAUAUCAUUAAUUAUAGGUUUAGAGUAAAUAAUCACAAAAAGCACAAGGUUCAUGUAUGUAUUUUGUGUCGACAUAGGAUUGAUUGUUUUCGUAUAAUGAAAACAAACGUCCUACCGCAAACAUGAUGACCAUGUUUAGAAAUGUAAUUAUUAAUAACAUUAAUAUAAAUAAAUAGGAGAAGGAGCAACAAAUAACAACUCCUUUAAAGUCUAAAAUUAAAAUAAUACUAACUUAAAAUAUUUUAUCUUUUCUUUAAGUAUGCUAAAACAAUUUAAACUGAUACCUAUGGAAAUCAAUUAGAGCAAGUAACUCAAUAAAAAAGAGCAUGUACGUUUAGAAAUCAUGUAUCAGUGAUUUAAUAAUUAUAUAUUUAAAAAUAUAUUAUAUUUUUGUCAUUCUUUAAUGUUUUAUUAACAUAUAAAAACCCAUAAAACCAAAAUAAUUUAAUAAAAAAAAUUAAAACUA